CGAUGUGAGCCAUGUGAUUGGACGUCGGACCAGCUGAGCAGAUGAAGGAUCCGGAGAACGAUUUCCAGCCGGACCCUUCGGCCGGCUUCCUCUUCAUCGAUGAGGAGGAGGAGGAGAAGGAGGAGGGGAUGGAGCGAGGGAGGGAGACAGGAGAGUGUAUGCGAGCUCCUUCGCUCCUCCAGGCGGGGGGGAGAGGUUCAGGGACAGGCCUGGGCAGGGCCCCUCCGUACGGGGCCCACCUGGGCGAGAUGGAUGAGCUUCUGAGGAGCUGUGAGGGGCUGACGGGCGUGCUGUUGGGCUCUCCGACGGAUCCAGCAGGAGGCCCCGCGGGGGCGUCCCGUCAGGCGAAUCGAUCCGCCCUCCGCACCCGCCUGGAUGGGACUAGGACCCGGGGGGGGCGGGGCACGCCCCACCCACAGGGUCCGGGCUCCUCGUUGGACGGGUACGGGGACACGAGGGGUGCAUCUUCUGAGGCCCAGCUGCCCCUGACGUCGGCCGGGACCGAGCUGAGCGGGACCAUGACCGAGUACCAGACAGAGCUGCUGGGAAUGCUGGCCAUGCUGGAGAGCUGCAUGGAGGAGGCUGGCAUGGACCUCACCCCAGUGGACUGGGACGAGCGCCCAGAGCAAGGAUACCUCAGCCUGGGCAGGAACAGGGAGGCCCAGUCGCCCCCUCUCCGUCCCUGGGUCGAGCAGGGGGAAGAGGGGGGUCUUUAUGGAGGGACCUGUGCUGAGACUGGGACCUACGUUGAUGUCAGGGUUGAUGUGGGAGGAGGCGGACUCUGUUCAGAUCCCUUGGAGACGGGGGUCUCCAAGGAGGGGCCCUUAGGGGGGGUAGGGGACUCCAUGGAGGGGCCCUUAGGGGGGGUAGGGGUCUCCAUGGAGGGGCCCUUAGGGGGGGUAGGGGUCUCCAUGGAGACAGCCGCCAUAGGACACAUGUCCGUGGUGAGUCGGGGCGGCGCAGACCCCAACCCCCUCGAGCCGGCAGGGACGGGGGUCGGGGUGGAGGCGCUGGGGGGUGACAGGGAGGAGCUGGGGGCGUUGGGCGCCCGUCUGGAAGGCUGCAUCGAGGAGGUGGGGCGCCUGGAGGGACGGAGGGAGGAGCUGCUGGCCGAGGUUCUCCGGCUGAGGGGGGAGGAGGGGGAAGGGAGGGGGGAGGAGGGGGUGGAGGCGCUGCUGUGGGUGCUGGGGGUGGAGGCGGAGGCGAGGCGCGGGGAGAGGAUGAGGGAGGUGGGGAGUCUGAGGGGGGAGAGGAGGGAGGAGGAGGGGAGGCUGGCGCGGGCGAGGCUGGAGAGGCAGGGCUGGCAGGAGGAGACACGCCGGCUGAAGAGGAGGCUGUUCGCCGUCGCCAGGGACUGCGCCCACAGCCAGGUCGCCCUGGCGACGCAGCAGAGCGACGUGGACAGCUUCCUAAAGGGACAGGAGGAGCUUCAGUCCCACGUGGCCCAGCUGACGGAGGAGGUGAGCCAGCUUCGCUCAGCCCAUCGGGACCAGCUAGCCAGCCUGCAGGCCCGGCUACAAGCCCACACCUCCAGCCAGACCCCCAGCCCCCAGGAGGAGCUGUCCCAGUGUAGGAGACACUCUUGUGGGGACAUCCAGCAGUAUCUGCAGGGGGGGAUCAAGGCCCUGGAGGAAAGAUAUGAGCCUGUGUUGCUGGGGCUGGUGAAGCGAAGGGAGGGGGGGGCAGGGGCCCUGGUGAAGGCCAGGGAGCAGGCCCAGGAGCUCAGGGCCCGUCUGGGACCCCUGAGGGAGGAGAGACAGAGGCUGGAGCUGCAGAGGGUCUGUCUGGAGGAGAGACUCACACUCAUGGACAUGCAGCGGAGGGAGGACGUGAAGCGACACAGGGACAUGGUAGGCAGGCUGGAGGAGAGCAGCCGACAGCUGAAGACUGAGCUGCUUGUUCAGAAGAGGAAGAGCAAGAAGCUGGAGGAGCUGAAAGACACCCUCAAUAAGACGAUACUCCAGUAUAGGGACGCCAUCCAGGACCACAAGAGUGAACCGACGACAGCAAACACGACAAAACGCGAUGACAUCAUGAAGAUGGAUCUGUAACCACGGUUGCAUCAGCGGGAUCUGGAAUGACAGAAUCCAGAACACAGCGUAGUGGAACACUCCAGAACACAGCGUAGCAGAACACUGUGUAUAAAGACGAUUCUAGAGCUUGUAGGAUGCGUCACCCACAUGAAUAAAGGUUUGUUCUUUCACUUCAAA